UGUACAGUGGUCGCAGUGCAUAUCGGAACAUACCCUAACGGCGCGUACACAUAGAACAUCCGUUUUACAGGUCCGUUUAAACGUAUAUGUUAUUAGCGUAUGUAGUUGUAUGAGCGAGUUCAUACAGAAUACAGUAUUCCGGAUCCAGUAAAAAAUACUGAUCCGACAAAAUAAGCAGCAAUCCGUUUUACAGGUCCGUUUAAACGUAUAUGUUAUUAGCGUAUGUAGUUGUAUGAGCCAGUUCACACAGUAUUCCGGAUCCAGUAAUACUAUACUAAUCCGUUUUAUCGGAUUGAAACCGCACGAGGCUUUGCACGGGGGUGCGCGGGGUGCGAUGUGCUACACACAGCCGCCAUUUGCCGGUUUCAUUCCUAGAGUAGUGCACGUGUCCAGUGCUAUCAUAAUCAUGGCAAGCAAGGCGUUUGAAAAAUAUGUUGAGCAAGAAGUUUUGAUAAAUUGUGUUGAAAGUAGACCAGUUCUUUGGGACAAAACACUGGAGAUUUAUAAAGAUAAAAUUGCAAAAACCGCAGCUUGGCGCGAAAUAUGCGGUAUUCUAAAGGAGGAUUUUGAAGCUAUGGAACAAAAAGAAAGACAAGAAUUUGGAAAAUAUGUUAUAAAAAAAUGGAAUUCGACUAGAGAUGCCUGGAUACGAACAUUGAGUGAGAAAAAGAAAUUGAAGAAAUCUGGAGCUGCUGCCUCAAAUACCAAGCCUUACAAAUAUCACAAUCAAAUGUUAUUUUUGAAAAAAGUUGUCACCCCAGGUGAUACACACGAGAACGUCCCUGCUAAUGACAACAUCACGGAAACAGUAGAAAGUAAUAAAGACAACGAAGAUGAACCUGAUCAGAUUACGGAACAAAGUGGUAGUGACAGACAAAAGGAAAGACAAAAUUUAGCCCCGCCGCAACGCAAGGCAAUCAAAAGAAAUGUGAAUGAAGUAGACGCCAAAAUGAUUGAAUACAUGAAUGAUCAGUUAAAAAAAAGUAAAAAUGAGUUUGAAGAUCCCAAUUUAUCGUUCUUCAAAGGUAUUUUGCCGCAACUGGCUUCACUUAAUGGCGAUCAAAUUUUAGAAUUUCAGUCUGGAGUGAUAAACCUUUUACAAAAUAUUAAAAGUAGAAGAUAUGGUCAGUCAAACUACGAGUGGCCUCCAUAUUCACAAAGUUCUAGCACACCUCACUACCACACCCAAGGUUAUUUUAGUAGGCCACAUCAUCUUGACUCUACACCAUCAGUAGAAGGUUCGCCAUCAGUAGAAUCUACAUUCAGCCAGGAGUCAGACUUGCCAGAUCUGUCUAUGUUUUGAAAUAAAUCUUCAUUUUUGUAAACCUUUUUGUCAUUUUAAAUUUUAAUUGAUAAUAACAAAAAUUAAAGUUCUUACCUUAAAAAUA